GGGGCGGUUAUUUUUUUCAGCACGGAGCGCUUUUCCUUCAAUGUAAACUGCCUUUUAACCAGACAGGGCAUUUUUUGCAGCGGAGAGAAGACGUAGGAGUUGUCGUUGUUGUGUAGCAAGUUGGAAGAGCUUAGCAUGUAGUGAGUCUGUAGCCUUCUUAUUUGAAUUUGCAAUAUGAAGAAUGGAAGAAGACGAUGUUACUAUCAGAGAGCAGAAUUUCCACAGCCAAGUUCGAGAGUACAUCAUUUGCUUCCUCCUGUUUGCAGUCCUCUACAUUGUGUCCUACUUCAUCAUAACCAGAUACAAGAGGAAGACUGAUGACCACGAGGAUGAAGAUGCCGUUGUCAAUAGAAUAUCAUUGUACUUGUGCACCUUCACCCUGGCAGUGUCGGGUGGUGCCGUCUUCCUCCUGCCUUUCUCAAUCAUUAGUAACGAGAUCCUCCUCUCCUUCCCCAAAAACUAUUACAUUCAGUGGCUCAAUGGCUCCCUCAUUCACGGUUUGUGGAACCUGGUGUCACUGUUCUCCAAUCUUUGCCUCUUUGUCCUGAUGCCCUUCGCCUAUUUCUUCUUGGAAUCUGAGGGAUUUGCAGGAUCAAAGAAGGGCAUUAAGGCACGUAUUUUGGAGACCUUUGUGAUGCUCUUUUUGCUGGCUCUGCUUAUCCUGGGCAUUGUGUGGGUGGCUUCAGCACUCAUUGACAAUGAUGCAGCCAGUAUGGAGUCACUCUAUGAUCUUUGGGAAUUUUAUCUGCCAUACCUCUACUCCUGCAUAUCUCUGAUGGGAGGACUGCUUUUACUCAUGUGUACUCCUGUGGGAUUAUCCAGGAUGUUCACUGUCAUGGGCCAGUUACUAGUGAAGCCAACAAUCCUGGAGGACCUGGAUGAGCAGAUUUACUGCAUCCAUUUGCAGGAGGAAGCCCUUCAGAGGAGAUUAAACGGAUCAUCCACUUACGCUUAUACUCGAGGGAGCUUUGCUCACCAGCUCAACAAAGAACUGGACAAUAUUAGAAAUCAGAGGAAUAAAUUAGAGAGAAGAAAGAAAGCAUCAGGUUGGGAGAAGAACUUGCUGUAUCCUAUAGUGAUGCUGAUCCUGCUUGCAGGAACGACAAUCUCCGUUCUUAUGGUGGCAUUCAAUAUCCUCUACCUUCUUGUGGAUGAGACUGCCAUGCCCAAGGGAUCCACAGACCGAGGCAUUGGAAACACCUCCCUGUCCACAUUUGGCGUGGCACAGGCGGUGCUGGAGAUCAUCCUUAUGUUCUACUUGAUGGUGUCCUCUGUCGUUGGCUUCUACAGCCUGCGAGUCUUUGAGGUCCUCACUCCCAGGAAGGACGACACAACCAUGACAACAAUCAUAGGAUGUUGUGUGUCCAUCCUGGUCCUGAGUUCAGCCUUGCCGGUGAUGUCCAGAACUCUUGGUAUCACCAGGUUUGAUCUCUUGGGAGACUUCGGGAGAUUUAAUUGGCUGGGAAACUUUUACAUUGUCCUUUCAUACAACCUGCUGUUUGCAGUGGUGACAACGCUCUGUCUUGUGAGGAAAUUCACCUCAGCUGUACGGGAGGAGCUUCUAAAGGCACUAGGUCUGGAUAAAUUGCAACUGUCAAACAGCCCUACAGACCCUGAAUCUGGGAAGAUCUCGGCCAACGGGCAUCAGAAAACUCUGUGAAAUGGACGAUAGAUCAACACACGCACACGUACACACACAUGCACACACCUUAGCACAGCCAAAGGGAGAUUUCGACAGUACUGCCUGACUGCUGAAAGGUGAAAGGGAUUGGAAAGAACUUAAUAAACUCGGGCAGUGUCUGACGGAUGCUGCAAAUGGAGGCUGAGAGCAAUUUAGCUUCGUGACAUUCCAUCCUCUGCAUCUCGGAUGGAGGCUGGGACAGAGCCAGGGAUGAGGCUAACGGGUGAAAUAGACUGGCAUCACUGCAGUGACCUUGAUGUUGACCUCAACUGCGACUGUGACUUUAAACCACCCAUCUCUUGCUUCAGGGGCCCUCUCCCACCCCCCAGCUUCUCUACCUGUUUUAUCCUUCUCACCAUAAUCUAAGACAAAAGCAAGAGGAAUAUGCUGGUAAAAUAAUGCACCUUUUGUUUUUUUCUAAAUUCUAGCAUAAAGACUAAAGGUUUCUC